AUGAUUGUAGGGCUUGAACUGCUUGAGAUGGAUUUUACCAGGAAAUUAAGCUUUCUUGUUUUUCUAUUGUGUGUUCUGAUUUCCCUCAAGAACCAAAAUGCUGAAACCAAGAAGGGUUCGCAAGCUGUGAGUUGGUCUCCAUAUGAUGCGCCUUCGAUUUUUGCUGAUCCAUCACCAUCUUGGCCGAUGUUCUUGUCGACCAAGUUGGAGAAGAAGGUCGAAGAACCUGAUAAUCUCGGAUCUCUCAGAUACGAUUACUACAAUGAAUCGUGCCCACAAGCUGAGCAAAUCAUCAGAACAACGGUUCAAGAACUGUACAAAUUGCGGCCCAAUGUUUCUGCUGCACUAUUGCGGCUGGUUUUCCAUGAUUGUUUCGUAGAGGGGUGUGAUGCCUCGGUUUUACUGGAUGCCGUUAAUGGAAUAGACAGUGAGAAAGAUUCACCACCGAAUGAAUCUUUGAAGGGUUUUGAUCUGAUCGACAUCAUCAAGUUGGAGCUUGAAGAAGCAUGCCCUGGAGUGGUUUCUUGUGCUGAUAUUGUUGUUUUGGCCGCAAGAGAAAGUGUUGUUUUGGCUGGUGGCCCAUUCUACCCAUUGCAUACUGGUAGGAGAGACAGUACUGUUUCUUUCUCAGAAGUGGCAGCUUACGAGCUUCCUAGCCCCCAGGACGAUCUCUACAAGACUAUUGCAUCAUUUGCAUCAAGGGGGUUCAAUGGAAGAGAGACAGUUGCUCUCUUAGGUGCCCACAGCACUGGGAUGAUCCACUGCAAAUUCUUCCUCAACCGACUCUAUAACUUUGCCGGGACUGAUGAGCCUGACCCAUCUAUGGAUACUGAAUUCCUCGCCCUCCUGAGAUCAAGAUGCAACAAUAGUCAUGCCUCAUCAUCCCCAUCAUCAUCUCCAUCAUCAUCAUCGUCACCAUCACUAUCACCGUCACCAUCAUCAGUUAUCGAUAGUUUUUCACCGUCUUCCUUGCCACUAGAGACAGGAAUGAAGAUGGACUACGAGGGGCCAGGAUUAGGUUUUGGUACCCUUUACUAUCAGAGUCUUCUGCAGGGUAGGGGAAUACUGUAUGUUGAUCAGCAGCUAACAGCAGGGGAAGAAACAGAGAAUUGGGUCAGAGCAUAUGCCUCAGAUGUUUCCUUGUUCCGACGUGACUUUGCUCUUGCCAUGAUGAAGCUUUCCAAUCUCCAAGUAUUGACUGAACCAAGGGGCCAGGUUCGGCUCAAUUGUAGACUAGUGAUUUGA